AUGGCGCUCCUUUCUCUAGGCCUUGUUCCUACACUGGCCGUGCUGGGAGGAUUGUUGUGUCUUUAUGUUUUGCGUGUGAUAUAUCAGACAUACACAAGUCCAAUAGCUCGUCUGCCUGGGCCUGAGAUCACAAAAUGGACCAACUGGUAUACCCAGUACCAGCUCAUCAAAGGAAACCGACCACGCUACAUCCAGAAUCUGCAUGGCAUUUAUGGACCUGUCGUUCGCAUCGGUCCCAACGAGCUCGACUUUUCCGAUGUCAGCGCAGCACGAGAAAUCCACAAGGUUGGCGCAGGCUAUCUCAAAUCAAACUGGUAUCGCAAACUGGGCUAUCAAGGCUCUGAAACACUCUUCAGCACAACAAAUCCAAGAUUUCACGCUGAUCGUCGUCGCAUGCUGUCGGGUCCCAUCUCAGAGCAGAGUCUGCUGAAGAUGGAGCCCAUUAUCAACCAGCGUAUCUACAUGACCAUUGCGCGCAUCGAAGAGGAGAUCAACAACACGGGUGUCGCCGACAUCUUCAAGUGGUGGACUUUUAUGGCUACGGAUGUGAUUGGGGAGUUGUCCUUUGGUGAAUCCUUCCGUAUGUUGGAGCUUGGAAAGAAAACGCAAUAUAUUGUCGAUCUGCAAAACGUCUCCCGCUUGAUGGCUCUGCGAUCCAUCUUCCCAUUCAUCGAGAUUAUGUCCAAGGUCCUGCCUCUCCCUGUGUUCAGGAAAGCCACAGAAGCUGGUGCCCGUAUCCGCAACUACGCUGACCAGUCAAUCAAGCGAUACAAGGGAAUCAUUGCCCAGAACCCCGUCGACCCCAAGCCAACUCUCUUCACCAAGCUGUACAAUGGUGGCAAAGAUGGAAAGGAAGGAUUAACCGACCAGGAGAUUGUCCGCGAAGCUGUUGGCUACAUUGCUGCUGGAAGCGAUACUACUGCCGUGACUUUGACGUACCUCAUCUUCGGUGUCUGCAUGAAUCCAGAAGUUCAGAAGAAACUGGCCGCUGAAGUUGCUGAUCUUCCGGACAAUUUGGUCCACAAAGACGUGCAGGACUUGCCGUAUUUGAACGCUGUUCUGAACGAGACUCUCCGUCUCUAUCCUGCCACACCCUCUCCAUUGCCACGCGUCGUUCCUACUCAGGGCACUGAGCUGUCUGGUCAUACUAUUCCUGGCGGCACCGCUGUUUCCAGCCAGGCCUUUAGCUUGCAUCGAAACGAAUAUGCGUUUCCCAAUGCAGAGAAGUUUGAGCCUGAACGUUGGUUCAAUCCCACCCGUGAAAUGAAGGAUGCAUUCCUUCCUUUUGGAGGUGGUUCUCGCGUCUGCAUUGGCAUGCAUCUUGCCAAAAUCGAGAUCCGCAUGGGCGCCGCCCUCUUCUUUAAGAAGUUCCCCGAGGCUCACCUGUCGACUCGCGAAGGCAUGACCUUGGAGGAGAUGAACCCUUUGAUGUAUUUCAUGGCCACUCCUCGCGGAAUGCGCUGCUUGGUCGAAGGUCACUAG